UUUUAUAAAUUUAUUGCUAUUACAACAUUCUCUACUCAAAUGCCUUCUCCAAUUCAUGUGUUCCACUCUCUUUUACUGGCCAACCCAAUCUGCUUCUACAAAAAUUUCAAUACUAAUAACAACAAAACCCACCAUGCUUCCUAUGCUCUUAAUCUCCCUGAGAAAAACAACAUUACUGGAUUACCUAUCAAAGAAAACCAGACCCAAUUUGGCCUCAAACUUCUUGUUGAUGAAAUCAAAGGCUUACCCUUUAAAGACAAAGACGAAAUCAUCAGUAGGCGGAAGCUAAAUGGUGACUUGGGAACCAUUUUUGAGUUCAAUGAGCUGCUUCUGGCUCUGGUAACUGCCGAGGAGCCUCACCUUGCCUUGAAGCUGUUUGAUGAAAUGUCUUCUUAUGGUUUAGAGGCAGAUGCUUGGACAUUUUCCAUAGUUAUUAGGUGUUACUGUGAGAAUAAGAAUCUGGAUGAGGCAGAGAGAGUUUUAAGGUAUAUGGUGGACAAUGGGUUUCUUCCAAAUUUUUCUGCCAUAAAUAUUCUGAUGAAUUCAUUAUGCAAAAAGGGAAAGUUGCAGAGAGCUUUCGGGGUUUUGGAUUUGAUGGGUGGAAUUGGUUUCAAGCCAACUGUUCAAAUAUAUAAUUGCUUGUUGAAGGGGUUGUGUUAUGUGGGUAGAGUAGAGGAAGCGUUUGACAUGUUGAUGAGAAUGAAGAAAGACUCCAUUGUUGAAGUUGACAUGUAUUCAUACACAGCUGUUAUGGAUGGAUUUUGCAAAGUCGGUCGAUCAGAUGAGGCAAUGGAGUUGCUUAAUGAAGCUUUGGGGAGGAGUUUAUCACCAAAUGUGGUCACCUUCAACACUCUCUUUAAUGGGUUCUGCGUAGAAGGAAGGCCAUUGGAGGGGAUCAAGAUUUUGAAGCUGAUGAGAGAGAGAAAUUGUGAGCCUGAUUCUAUCAGUUACAGUACUUUGUUACAUGGGUUAUUGAAAUGGCGCAAAACUAAGACUGCUUUAAGAAUAUUUAACGAAUUGGUGGGGAUUGGACUGAAAGUCGACAAGAAGAUGAUGAACUCUCUGUUAAGAGGAUUGUGUAGAAGAUAUUGUAGGGGAAGAAAAGAAGACUUGUUCCAAGAUGCCUACCAAGUGUUUGGGAAAAUGAAAAAUGAUGACCAUGGCGAUGGUUCUGUGUUCGAACCUAGUACAUAUGAUCUAAUGAUCCAAACUUUGUGUAUAGGGAAGAAAAUUGACGAAGCCAGUGUCAAUUUACAGACUAUGAUUCAAAUGGGAUUUUCACCGCAGAUUAUCACGUUGAACGGCGUAAUUCAAGCGCUUUGUGUUGAGGGAAAGGUGAACGAGGCAUUAUUUGUUUUGGUUCUACUGAAUGAAGAUGGCAUAGUUCCUAGUAGAGGAAGUUAUAACCUUUUGAUUGAUGGCCUAAACAAACAUGGGCACUCGUUGGGUGCCUGUAAUGUGUAUGGGGCUGCGUUGAAGCAAGGUUUGAUUCCUGCCAAGAAACCACACCAGUGAAAAAGUGUUGUUCAUUCGCAUCUCCUCGUAAGUGUAACAAUUUUCAUUACACAUUUCUGAAGUGGGUUAUUUCAGUAUUUGAAUUUAAACAAAAUUUUGUGUAGACACUUGCUUCUUGUAUUAUUAGUCCUAUAGCAAUUGUUGAUUGUGGAACAGUAAAUUAAUGAUGUACAAUGCUUACUUAAUGAAACUUGGGUUCACAAAUACAAGGGCCAUA